AUGAUUCUUCUAUUUCUUCUUGUUGUUGCUUUUGGGUUUCCCACUGUGUGUAAAAACGCUGUGGAAUGUCCAUCGGAAACACUGCAAUUUACACUAAACAAUCAAAUUACUCAAACACCAAAUAGAUGUGAGAACACAGCUUUUACUCGACCUUCUGUCUUUUACACACUGAAGGGAAACGGUCUUGUGUAUUACAUCGACACAUGCCAAACCACACAAGGUGAAACGGAAAUCGAAGUGUUUGAGUCUUGCACAUCGACGACAUGUGAGCAGUUUGCAAUGACUGAAUGUGGGAAUCAGCAAUAUGUAACAUACCAAAGUGUUGUUGGUAAAGAUGCGAUCUUUAGGGUUUCCUGUUUGACUGCUUCUUGCAAUGUAGUUCUCACUCUGCACACCAACAAAACGCAACGAAACGACUUUUGUGAAGACGCACUUCAAAUUAAGGAAAAUACAAACAUAGAAUUUAUUACCGACACAUUCAUAGAAUCAAAACAUGGGUGCGAUGGUACUCCAUUUAAUUCCAGAGGGAAAUGGCUUGUAUUUUCACCCGAAGAAGCGUCCUAUACUAUUCAAGCUGCGACUCACUCUCUUUCAAAAAUCAGUCGAAUAGAAGCCAAAAGUGGGUGUGCCAACUAUUAUUGUGACAUUUCUCGAUUGGGCGAGUUGACAAUUUCUCCAAAGACAAUGACUUAUGUCUUUGUGGAGGGAAACCCAGAGGAGAAAACGUCUGUGAAAAUUACUAAGGUAGCCCCACACGUAAACGAGGCGUGCGAUUCCGCCCUAGAAAUUGAAGUACCAUUUUCUGGUGUAUUUUCGAAUACCUAUCACUCCACACAACGUUCAACGUGUGGAAACAGUUCGCAUGAGAAUGUUUGGUUUACUUUUAAUUCAGAAUUAUACAAAGAUGUGACUAUUUCAACGUGCUUUGAAGAGUUUGGGUAUCAAAGUUAUUUAGAAUUUACAAGUGGAGAGUGCGGAUCAUUGCAAUGUGUUUCCAACGCCUCUCCAAGCGCAAAUUGUUUUGGAGGCUUUGAGGAAACAAUCAUUGUCGACGACAACAAAAAGUACUUGUUUUACAUAGGAAGCGCAUUAGAACAGGUGACCGGAUACUUCCAAGUCACUGUGAGAACAAAUUCUGUGCCGGAGUACUCAGUCCCAGAGAACGCGAUAGUUAUUUCGUCUCUUGCUCGAACGUUUAGUAAAACCAUUGAUUCCACAAAGUGUGUGAAUUCUCUUUUAGUUGAUACAGAUGUUUCAAAAAGGACAUUGAAAGGAGCUUUCUUUGUGUUACAAGAGAAUCCAAAUACUAUUGUAGCAAUCACUACAUGUUCGUCUUCAACUCAAAUUGAGAAUGUCAUCACAACAGCAAACGGAGCGUAUAAUGAUGGCACUAAAAACAAUAUCGUCUUAAACGAUUAUUCGCUGUACACAGACCACAGAUUAAGUCCUUGUGGGGUGAAAGGUACUGCUUUGGUGUUUAACAGCUCUUCAAUCCAGACAUAUCCACUGCUUUUCUUUAUUGGUGGCGUUGAAAACAGUGCCGGUCUUAUUAAAGUCGAUUUCGUUUUAGACUUCCCCGUCGAACCGACUUCUUCAGAGUCGAGUGAGAGUGGGUUCGACUUUUUGCCCGUUUAUAUCACACUUGGUGUCUUCGCUGGUAUUGUAUUACUUCUUAUCUUUGUUGUCGGAAGUUACUUUACUUACUAUAUCAUCAUCAAGAAGAGAAAUGAGAAGUACCAACUUUUUGAGACUUCAACUCCAACUAAGUGA